UGUACAAAAAUACCCUCGCUCAAACAGCCGUAUUUGACUGGAUUAGGAUCAAUAUAAUACAGUGUAUACAAUAUUUGGUAUGUGUUCAAUAACUACUUCCGUGUUUAAGUGCAUACACUAUUGCGUAGAAUGCAAUAAUUAGGCUAUUGUCAAAUCAAAUUUGUAUGUGCUCUACCGUGAGUAAUAGCUAUAGGUUUUUCUACUUUCGACUUAAAACAUCUCAAACACAAAUGUCUCGGAAUUAUGUCGGACAAAGUGAAACGGGGUGUGGCCAUUAGGAGACCAAAAUUACGGCCAAACAUUCGACGGUACAGGACGAGAAUCUCAAGAAAGAGACCCCAUCUAAGCAGCAGAGACGUUCGGAUCAUAGCAAGAACUGUGGCGGAGAUAUUACACUCCCGAAAUUCGACAUCAAACAACAGAGACACAAACCUGUCACAUUCAAGCCUUCUGAAUAUCAAAGAAUCGCACAACGAACUUCGCAGUGAGUUCGCAGAACUAAAAACAGACCAGGAAGACCUUGAAAGGCGUUUGGAUGAAAAUGUUGAUUCUUUUGAGACAAACAUUGAAAACAUCGAGGCUAGAAUUGAGCAUGUGGAUUCUCGCGUCGACUAUUUAGAUGCAGAUAAUGGGACGACUUCAGAAUGUGAUUGUGAUUUUGAUGUCGAAAAGUUCGAAGCUUUGACUGAAAAAGUCGAGUCUAUGGAAACAAAGUGGGCUGAGUUGGACAGUAAAACAGGACAGGUAGUGAAGAUGGAAACUAAGAUGGAAAAUAUUGGAACACUUCAGGUGAAGAACGAGUUGCGUCAGUCAGUUGACACGUUGGAAGCAAACUUGCGAUUUUCAGAGCUAGAAGAAAGAGUCCGAAUCAUGGAGGCCCGUCUGAACAACAAGGACACGCCAAUCAACGAUCCCGUACCCUUCAACGAAGAGACGGACAUGACCGAAACCAACAGCAACGACACUGUUGCCACUGAACAAUGCGAUCCACUGGUCAUGUUUAUUGCAAAUCUUAAACACAUACCGACUAAUCAACCGUGGCCAUUAUAGUGUACACAUAAUGUUUUGUGUAUAAAAACGGUUAAAUGCCAGACAUUUUGGUGCAUGCUUAUUUGGUUUUAUAAACCUGUUUUAUCAAAUAAAUAUUUUGAAUUCA